GCCUAAUCUUCAAGCGCGUUAUGCGGAGUGCAGUUUUUGCGUGGCGCUCAUUCGUUGAGCAGCAGCGAGCGUCGAAGUGGACUUUAAACGGACUAGCACGGCGCCUUGCCCUGCGCGGUGGGCUUUCUUUUUUUAUUUCGCAAGAUGCUUAAACAAAGGAUUUGAGUGAUAGGGAGGGGGAGAAAGGGAAACAACCACCCUCGUCUGUGUCGGACCUGCCGGGACACAUCCGCGGCUGCAGGGGUCAGCUGAUCCGCUGUACAUAUGCCAUUCGGGCUGCUGCGCCCACCGCCGGUUCCGAAAGCGAGACAGUCGGAAGCAUCUGCCACGGCGGCGCGCGUGUGGAUGCGGAGAGUUGAGGCGGGCGACGAGGCUCUUUCCGAAAUGUGACAUUUGGAGCACGGAGUCUGGUCGACGCUGCGCACAGCACCCUGCGCCCCCCAUCACUCGUCCACCCACCAGCGGAUCUAUUUGCUUCGAUUUAAAAAAAAAAAAGAAAUGGCGUUCCCCUUGGUCCUGUUCCUGCUGCUGCUCACCCGCGGGGCUAUGGGUCAAGACCCCGAGGACCCGGAGGCGCUCCCCACAGGCUGCGGUUGGGGCCUUGGGCGACCCUACACCCUCCUGUGCGACCUGGACGCCGUAUGGGGCGUGGCGGUGGAGAGCGUGGCGGCCGGCGGUACCCUGGUGGCCAUCCUGCUGGCUUUGAUCCUGCUGUGCCGCCUGCGCCACAUCGGCGAGCCCGAGAAGCGCAGCGGCGUGGGGCCAGUCCUGCUGCUGCUCCUGGGCGUGGCGGGUUUGUUCAGCCUGAGCUUCGCCUACCUGAUCGAGCGGGACGAGUCGCUGUGCGUGCUGCGGCGGGCCCUGUGGGGCCUCCUCUUUGCCCUUUGCUUCUCUUGCUUGCUGGUGCAAGGGGUCCGCCUGCGCCGGGUGGGCCGCGAGCACCGCAGCCCCGGCGGCUGCGCCCUGACGGGCCUGGCGUUGGGUCUGAGCGCCGUGCAGGGCAUCAUCGCCGCCGAGUGGCUCCUCCUGACCGUGCUGAGGGAGGGCCAGGGCGCCUGUCAGUACCUGCCCAUGGACUUCUCGCUAGCCUGCAGCUACGUGCUGGCGCUGCUGCUCGCCGCCUUGACUGCCGCCGCGCUGGCCCUGUGCGGCAAGACGCGGCAAUGGCGCUGCAAUGCCGUCUGGCUGCUGGUCACCUGCCUUCUCUCGCUGCUGCUGUGGGUGGCAUGGGUGGGCUUCUAUCUAUACGGCAACGACUGGCUGAGGAAGUCGCCGGAGUGGGACGAGCCGGCGCUGGCCAUGGCGCUGGUGGUCCAGGGUUGGCUGCUGCUCAUCUUCCACGCCAUUCCCGAGGCGCACAUGUGUAUGAAGCCCCCACCGCAGCCCACCGCGCCGGACUACUUCGACACGUCGCAGAACUCCACGCGGAUGAGGGAGACCAGCUUCGACGAGGACAUCCCGCUUUCUCACAGGCAGUUUGUGGAGAACCAAGGCUACGGAUACAACGACGAGAACACCGCAGGCCUGAGAAGCGGCGCCGGCAGCGCCGGCAGCGGCGGCGGUCAACACACCAACAACACGGGCGCCAGGCCGAGCGCCCCUUUCCGCAGCAACGUCUACCAACCCACCGAGAUGACCAUGAUCCUGAACGGGGGAGCGGUGAGUACAUCCUCCCAGUCGCAGGUGCCCUCGGCCCCUCCCACCUACACGGGGAGGCAGCUGUGGUGAGUGGAGGGAGAUCGCACGAACGACGAGGGGGCGGUGCGGAGUUUCGAAGGGGAGGCGAGCGUACUUCAAAAAAAAAAAAAA